CGAGUUCUGCUCCCUCUUGGAGGGCAGGACGUGGAGGGAGCGAUGUCGUUCCUCCUCAAGCCACGGCCACGCAGGCGGGAUCUCGCCCUGGAUUACAACACAGCAAAGCAGUUUGAAGUGGAUGUGACCCUGGACCCGGCCACCGCAGGCCCUGAAGUGAUCCUGUCCCAGGACCUCAAGGAGGCCUCCUGGGGUAGACCCGGCCUCCACCGACCGGACACCCCGGCCCGCUUCGACACCGAUCCCUGCCUGCUGGCCAAGGAGGGCUUCACCUCGGGGCGCCACUACUGGGAGCUGGAGGCCACGGGGCGGUUCUGGGCCGUGGGGGUGGCCCUGGAGUCGGUGCAGAGGAAGGGCCGGGUCCUCUUCAAGCCCAGCGCCCACAUCUGGGGGCUGCAGAGGUGCGAGGAGCUCUGCGUGGCCCUCACGGCCCCCUCCAGCGCCUCCGUCCCGCUGGGCAAUGGGGGCAUCGGGGUCUACCUGGACUACGAGGGGGGAGAAGUCUCCUUCUACGCCAUGGGCAGCCGCCAGCGCGUCUUCAGCUUCCCCGUGGGCUCCUUCGGGGGGCAGAGGGUGUUCCCCUACUUCUGCGUGCUCCUCUCCACCAUCAGGCUCUCUGCCAAGGGGGCGGUUGCUGAUGGGGUUGGUUCGUGAUGCCUGGAAACGCUCCCUGAUGCUCCUCAGCUCUUACAUUC